GUUAUUUUACCUAGUGAGACCAUGGAGCAAUGUCAAUCACUCAUUACUUGCUAUUGAAUCUGAGUCUGCAACUAUAAGAAACCUUGACUACUCUCAUCGACACCUAGGAAGUCGUAAUAUUAUCUAUAAAUCAUUUCUUCUAUAUCUAGCUCUUACUCAGACUCAAUGUUUCCUCUCAACCCAAUUAUCCUCACUACUGCAACUCUUGCAGGAGGUGCGUAUGCAGCUGCCAUUAGCAGCCGUGCUAGGUGUUCUAGUUAUACACUGAUUGAUGUGCGUGGUACUGGUGAAGUGCAAGGACCAUCAGCUGGCUUUUUAACCAUGAAUGCCAACAUUCUCGGAGCUAUUCCGGGAGGAAAGACAGUGAGUCGUAUGGAUUUUAAGGCACAUGUUUCUAUUGGAUGA